CCGGGCGGCGCCGUGGGGCAGCGCCGACAUUUCCCGCAGGGUCGCGGCUCCCCGCAGCAGCACGGCGGAGGACGGCUCUCUCAGCCGGAGAUGAUGGACGCCCUGCCGGCUCGCGGCUGCCCGGAGGAGGACUGCUACUUUCGGAAGGGAUGUAAUCCUCUUGCUGAGACUGGUCGAAGCAAACUACAAAAUCAAAGAGCUGUCCUAAACCAGCAGAUCUUGAGAGCAGUAAGAAUGAGAGCUGGUGCCGAAAAUCUGUUACGGGCUACCACCAACAACAAAGUACGAGAACAGGUACUACUGGAACUGAGUUUUGUAAAUUCAGAUCUGCAGAUCUUAAAGGAGGAGUUAGAAGGACUUAAUAUCUCAGUAGAAGUUUAUCAAAAUACGGAAGGGACUUUCAGCAUUCCCUUGGUACCUCUUGGCCUAAAGGAAACCAAAGAAGUAGACUUUACGCUCCCCCUGAAGGACUUUAUUCUGGAACAUUAUAGUGAAGACAGUUCAGAGUAUGAAGAUGAAAUAGCAGACCUUGUGGAUUUGAGACAAGCCUGCCGCACUCCUAGCCGAGAUGAAGCUGGCAUUGAGAUGUUGAUGAGCUAUUUCCUUCAACUGGGUUUUAUAGAAAACAGAUUUUUCCCACCUACCAGGCACAUGGGAGUGUUAUUUACAUGGUAUGAUUCCUUCACAGGUGUUCCCGUGUGUCAGCAAAAUCUGCUGCUGGAAAAAGCAAGUAUUUUAUUCAAUAUUGGAGCCCUCUACACCCAGAUUGGAACAAGAUGCAACCGUCAGACCCAGACUGGACUUGAAAAUGCUGUUGAUGCUUUUCAGAGAGCUGCAGGAGUCCUAAGCUACUUAAAGGAGACCUUUACUCACACACCAAGUUAUGACAUGAGCCCAGCUAUGCUGAAUGUACUAGUGAAGAUGAUGCUUGCUCAAGCUCAAGAGUGUGCUUUUGAGCAGAUCAGUCUCCCUGGAAUACGCAAUGAGUUUUUCACACUAGUGAAAAUGACACAGGAAGUUGCCAAGGUGGGAGAGGUUUACAUGAUGGUUAACACUGCAGUGACUCAGGAGCCAGUCAAAGAGAAUAUCCCAUAUUCCUGGUCUAAACUGGUACAAAUAAAAGCAGACCAUUACAGAGCUCUGGCACAUUACUUCCUUGCCACCAUUCUGUGUGACCAUGAAUUGCAGUCCAAUGAUGAUGAAGAUCAGCAGGAAAAAGCCUUAUCUCAGCUGUAUGACUAUGUGCCAGAAGGUGUGAUGAUUCUCACCAUUUUAAAGGACAAAGUUCAGAGAAAACAACUAGGGAAAGCACAUUUACGCAAAGCCAUUGUUUACCAUGAAGAAGCUCUAAGAGUCUGUGGUUUGUGCAAAAAACUUCGAAACAUUGAAGUUCUUCUGGAGGUUCUGACAGCUGCACAUAAGCGUUCACUUCUCAAAUAUGCUCAGCAGGAGACGGAAGAUGACUUUCUCAGUCUAAUCCAGGCUCCAGAUAUUCUUCCUAAAACAGAGCAUAAAGUAGAAAUGGUUGCUCCUCAGUUUUCCAAGGUGAAAGUUAAAGACUUUUUUCACAGACUGGGCCCGCUGUCAGUGUUCUCAGCCAAGCAGAGAUGGACGGCUCCACGUACCAUUCACUUCCACUGUGAAACAGGAGAGCUGGGAUUCAGCCUUAAAGGAGGUUCACCAGUACAGAUUUACUGUCUUGAUCCAGUUUGUUCUGCAGCAUCAGCAGGCCUGAAAGAAGGUGAUUACAUUGUUUCAGUUGGUGGAGUGGAUUGCAAAUGGCUUGGAGUGAACGAGGUACUGGAAAAAUUCAAAAGUGUGGGAGAGCAGCCCAUUGAGUUUGAGGUUAUCAGCUGCCAGGAUACAACAGCAUCUAUGCAUAGCAAGAGUGCCACUUACUCCGUGGGAAUGCAGAAGACAUACUCCCUAAUCUGUUUAGCCAUGGAAGAGAACAAGACUGAUCAGGCCAAGAAAACCCCACUCAAACUGCCUUUUCUAAGUUGGGGAACUAAAAAUAGACAGAAGGCUGCAAGCACUCUCUGCCUUCCUUCAGCUGUGGCUGGAAGUUCUCAGGUUAAGAAAAAGCUUUCUCCCUUCACGCUUCUGGGUACAGAAAGUUCAUUGUACUGAAUCUUUCUGAAGGAGCUGUUAACAUGAAGUUUUUUCUUUUAAA